UGUCACGGUCAACUCGCUCUUUUCAGUUAUGUCCACGCUUUUGGCCUGGACAAGGAACAGACUGUGUCGAAACCCCGUCAAUGUUCUGCCAUCAUUGAAGAAUAUGAGACUGCAGAGUAAGCCAAAGUCUUCAGAUAUAAUAAGCGAGUCAAGCAAAGUUGCCAGUGAAGAAAUGAAUGGAAAAGAUGAUGGAACAUGUGAACCAAAGGAACCAAAGGGAAACGGAGACUUCAGUAAUUUCCGAAUAUCUUCAAAAACCGUAAAGAAACUUCAGGAAAGAGGAAUCACACAUCUGUUUCCUAUUCAAGCUAAAACCUAUGAUUAUGUUUAUGACGGCUGUGAUAUUAUUGCUAGAGCAAAAACGGGCACAGGAAAAACGCUUUCCUUCGCAUUGCCGCUUUGUGAAAAGCUUAGAGAAAUAAAGCAAGUUAAAGACAAAGGAAGACCACCUAUGGUAUUGACAUUAGCACCAACAAGGGAGCUGGCAAAUCAGAUAUUAAAAGAAUUCGAGCUGAUAAAAAGCAAGAAGUUGUCAACAGUCUGUGUUUAUGGAGGUGUAUCAUAUGAUUCUCAAGAGGCUGCAUUUCGAAAUGGACUGGAUAUUUUGGUGGGAACUCCAGGGCGAAUUUUCGAUCACAUGGAAAGAGGAAACUUGGACUUGUCGAAACUGAAACACGUUGUCUUAGAUGAAGCUGACCGCAUGUUGGAAAUGGGCUUUCAAGAAAAAGUAGAUGAAAUCCUAAAAAACGCCUACACUCAAGGCAAACCCCAAACACUAUUGUUUUCUGCAACGGUGCCGACCUGGGUAAGUAAGGCGAGCAAAAAGUAUAUGGGUGAGGACAAGAAACUUGUUGAUCUUGUUGGUGAGGAAGGCGAUCAAACGGCGUGCGGAGUUGAGCAUAAAGCACUUCGAUGCCCAUACCACGAGAGGGCUGCAACCAUUGCCGAUAUUGUACAGGUUUACAGUGGUGCCCAUGGCCGUGCAAUGAUUUUCACAUCGACCAAAAAGGAAGCAAAUGAACUGGCACUAAAUUCGGUUUUAAAACAAGAGACACAGGUUCUGCACGGAGACAUAAACCAGGCUCAAAGGGAAAUAACUCUGAGCAGUUUUCGCGAAGGAAAGAUUCGUGUUCUGGUUGCCACAGACGUAGCAUCUCGCGGUCUUGACAUUCCAGAAGUGGAUCUUGUUAUUCAAACUGAACCGCCUGCGGAUAUCGACUCGUACAUUCAUAGAUCCGGACGCACUGGGCGAGCCGGACGAACUGGAGUUUGUAUUGUGUUUUAUAAACCGAAUCAGGAAUAUUUGCUACAGGCUGUCGAGAAACAAGCGGGAAUAAAAUUCAUGCGUAUUGGUGCCCCGCAGCCUUCAGAUAUCAUAAAAGCCUCCGCCAAAGAUGCUACCAGAUCACUAGGGACAGUAUCAACGGAGAUGGCAAGCCUGUUUGAGUCGACGGCAAAGGAUUUGCUCGAAACGAACGAUGCCGUCAAGGUAUUGUCAAAGGCAUUGGCACUGUUAUCUGGGACUACGGAAAUCAAAACACGCUCUUUGCUUUCUUCGCAAGCUGGCUACACUACUUUCCUAAUACGUCAGAACUGGCAACUGCGAGGCACUGGCCUCAUUUGGAAAAUGUUGAAUGACGAUUUUUCCAGCAAAGACGUCGAUCAAAUUCGUGGAAUGAAAUUGUGCAAGGACAAGCUGGCCGCGGUAUUUGAUGUCCCAGACGCGCUUAAAGAUACGUUCAAGGACAACUGGAAAGAGCGCCACUAUGCCACGCUAGAGAUACCAACAAGCCUGCCAGAAUUAGAAGACCGAAAACCGGACAGCUACGGGUAUGCAAAUGGAGGCGGUAACAGCUGGAACUCAAGGGGGUCUGGGACAUUUCACUCAAAACCACGCUUUGGGAAUCAAGGCAAUCAAGGUUUCAAGCGAAAAAAUGACAAUAACUCUAACAGAGAUUGGAAUGAUCGCAAAAGAACAAAAUAUGGAGCUUCUGCUUAG